AAUUCUUAUUCCACUUCCCCAUGGAUAUAAAAGGAAAAGUACAAAUUCACUGUUUUUAAGUGAUGAAUAAAUUAUGUCGAGAAUUUCAAUUAUUGCAUCAUUAGUACUCUUUCCUGAAACUAAACUGACAGAGGCUUAUUACAUUCUCUCUCUUUCCUGACUUUGUCAUACUAUCUGAAAAUUAAUAAUUAUAAUGCAAUUGCCUUUACAGAGUGUGGAGUUCCUGGUGAUAGAGAUGAGUGGUGUUAAUUACAUUGACUCCAGCGGUGGGAAACUUCUGUCACAGUUGUGUAAGGAAUACCAGGAGGCUAGUGUUACUGUGUGUCUGGCUGCACUUUCAGAGAGUGUGCUGGAGAUGCUGGAGUCUUGUGGUACACUCAAGGUUAUACCUUCAGAACACAUCUUCCACUCUGUCCAUGAUGCUGUUACCACACUCAUCCAUGACAACCCAUGUGGUGGUGACGUAGUUAUGAUGCAUACCCCUCAAAACCCCUCCAGUGAUGAUGUAUCUAUGAUGAUCACCCCUCACAACCCCUCUAACGACAUAACUGCAACACUCACCCCUCACAACCCCUCUGAUGAGGCAGUUACGACAGUCACUCAUAACAACUCGCCUGAUGACUCAAUUAUAACUUAUGGUCAUCACACUGCAGUAGUUACUGCACAUGAUAUGACUUGCAGCAAAGUAUAGUACCUGCUUAGGACUAGUAGUGCCAAAAUAUAUUUUAUUAAGCAUAAAUAUGUACAGUAUGAAAUAUUUGUUUAAUAAAGUAUUAAAUAUU